AUGGCAGUCCCACCCACAAAUCUUCCCCCUCUUCCUCUCAAAUCUUCUCGCACUCUCUCUUACCUUCCUAACCUCUCCAUUUGCUCUGCUCCAUUCAACAACAAUAACAGCAGCCUCAAAACAAGUAGUAGCUCCAGCACGACGAUCCUUACUAUCAAUGGCCCAAAAAGAUACAGACCCAUGUCGGUCCGAGCAAACACGGAUUCCCCUUCUUCUUCUUCUUCGUUUGGCUCCAGGCUCGAAGACAGCGUCAAGAAGACUGUAGCUGACAACCCAGUUGUAGUUUACUCCAAAACCUGGUGUUCGUAUUCUUCUGAGGUUAAAUCUGUGUUUAAGAGGCUAAAUGUGGAUCCAGUUGUUGUUGAAUUGGACGAAUUGGGCCCUCAAGGACCCCAGGUACAGAAAGUAUUAGAAAGGCUUACUGGCCAACACACCGUACCAAAUGUGUUUAUUGGGGGCAAACAUAUUGGUGGCUGCACAGAUACUGUGAAACUAUAUCGGAAAGGUGAACUUGAACCACUGUUAUCAGAAGCUAAUGCUAAGGACUGA